UCUGUUACCUAGGCAACCGACCAUAGCAACCAAUCAGAAUCACGUAUUAAAGGCUUCACAACCAAGUCCAUCAUUUUUUUAAGAGAGGAAUAUUGGAUGAAAGACUGAGGUUUAAUACGCACAUCAAAACACAGCUAGUUAAAGCCAACAAUAGCUUUAAAAAACUACAUAAUUUAUUCUAUUCUCGAUACGUAAACUCUAAAACAAAAGUAAUAGCCUAUCAAACUUUGAUCCGUCCCAUACUUACCUAUGGCUGCAACAUAUGGUUUAACAUAAGCGCUAGCUAUAUGGAACGACUCCGAUUAUUCGAACGUAAAUGCCUUAGAGUAUGUCUAAACUGGUACAGAUAUGAGUACUGUGACUAUAAAAAGCGCGUAAGUAAUGUUAAUUUAUAUAAAAAAGCAAAAAUAGUGCGCAUAGACUUAUAAGAAAAAUAAUUUGAUUUCGGACCAUUCUUAGAUAGACCUAACUUUUAUAAGAGAUGUAUCCAUUCUGGACAUUGCUCACCGGAAGGUUUUAAAUAUCUAGACGAUAACGGCUUCAUUGUAAACAAAGAUUCUAUACCGAUAUUGUACUAGGGUAAACAGCCCAGUAGAUAGACACAUACCAGUAAAUAGACACUUUUUUAAUUAAUCAAUUAUUAUAAAUAAUUACAAAGAGAAAAUAGGUUAGUUUGUAUUUUAUUUGUUACGAUAGAGUUUUAACUUUCAUUAAAAAAAAAUUACUUUAAAAAAUUUUGAAUUUCGCGCGUAAAAAAUAUCGACUAUCGGACUAUUGCUCCGGAACGUACGUUGGUGCUCGCUUCGUAAAGCCAUGUCGUGGAUGAACUGUGAUUUUCCUCAAAACGGAGCUUUUCUUUUCUUCAACAAAAGAUGCCACCGAAACAACGAGCAUACAAACUAUACAAUUAUUCUGAAAGUGACCUGGAGAGAGCAGUGGAGAAGUGCAAAAAAGGAGAAUCUUUAAGAAAAGUCGCCCAAGAGUUCAGCAUUCCCAGAUCAACACUCUUCGUCAAGUUGAAAGGAAUAGUUCCACUUCAUGCCAAGAAGGGUCCAAGCACAAUCUUGUUUGAAGCUGAAGAGAUGCGUCUGGUAAAGUGGAUUUUGGAUAAAGCUCGACUAGGCUUUCCAAUGCAUGAGGAUGAAGUUAAAGUUGCUGUCAAGAAAGUACUGGAUGAUGAAAAGCGAGACUCCAUAUUCAAGAAUAAUAAGCCAGGAGAUAAGUGGAUGAAGCUAUUCCUCAAACGUCACCCAGAAAUCAAGAAAAAGCAGACUGAACUGAUCUCAAAAAGUCGAGCAAGUGUAACUGAAGAAAAACUGAGAGAUUGGUUUAAAGAAGUAAGAAGUUAUCUGGAGGAAAAUAAUUUGUGCAACGUAUUGGAGAGACCAGAAAGCAUUUUCAAUGGCGAUGAAACUGGACUUCAGCUUUGUCCAAAGAGUGGGAAACUCUUGGGACCAACAAAAGAACGGAACUUUUAUGAAAUUUCUUGUGGUAAAGAAAAAGAGUGUGUGACUGUGCUGUGCUCGUUCUCUGCUGCUGGUGCAUCUGUUCCUCCCAUGGUGAUGUUCCCCUACAAAAGAAUACCAGCUCAUCUUACUAAAUCAGUACCAGCUGACUGGUCAAUUGGGCGAUCAGAGUCAGGAUGGAUGGUCUCGAGUACCUUUUAUGAGUACAUGGCAAAUGUUUUUUAUCCUUGGUGCGUUCAACAGAAAGUGCAGUUUCUAGUGAUUUAUUUCCUUGAUGGACACAAGUCACAUUUAUCACUUGAACUUAGUGACUUUUGUAUAAAACAUGAAAUCAUUUUGGUUUCAUUGUUUCCAAAUGCGACUCACAUCAUACAACCUUGUGACGUUGCAGUGUUCAGAGCUGUGAAGUAUAAAUGGAGAGAGGCAGUACAACUUUAUAAGCAAGAGACGCAGUCUUCCAUAACAAAGGCAACCUUUGCUCCAUUAUUCAAGAAGGCGUUCGAUCAAUUGAGUAUUGAUACCAUCAAGAGUGGAUUUAAAAAGUGUGGAUUAUAUCCGUUUGAUCCAGAUGCUGUCGAUUAUGACAGAUGCAUUUCAGCUCGUCGCCAAAAAAUAAUAAAUGCCAAAGCCUCACAAGAACCCCUGGAACGCAGUGAUUUUAUUUCAGCAAAAAAGUUUCUGGAUUUUUUUAUAGAUGAAGAGACUCUUAAAAAGUUCAGUGAAACAAGAAGUAAAAAUCAAAAUUGUGAUGAUCCAGUGUAUUUUUUGUGGAAUUCGUGCAUUGAAAAGCUUCAAGAAACCAACGACGAUGCUGAACAGCAACAACAUGUGACACAAGAUCAGAAUGACAGUAAUAUUGAAGAGUUGGGCAUCGCAGAAGAAAGUCAAUUAGUGAUGCAAGAGAGUGCGAACAAUAUUAUUCAUGAAGAGCCAAUGAAUAGCACAGAUGUAACGCAAGUAGUAAUCCUGACUGCAGAAGAGGCUAUGGAGGUAGUAAACGACAACCAAGACAUAGAUAUUUCAAGUAUUCCUAUAAUAGAUUUAAGUAAUCUAAGUUCCGUAGAAGAAUUAAGUGUGACAGCUGACUCUACACUGAAUACUAGUAUAGAUCAGUCGAGUGAUGCUGUAAUCAUUAUUCCUAGUCCAAAUAAAUGUGAUAAUUUUGCGAGAAGCAUAACUGGCACGAGUGAUGAUCCAAAGAUGACUGAAACGCAUAAGACUGAAGUUGAUAUUGUUUAUAGUCAUAGCAGUCCUUCGAAUAAACCUAUACUUAUAGAAAAUAGUACUAAUUUUUCUAGCGAUACCAUUCCUGUAGAUCUGAAGCAAGAGAUAAGUUCUUCAGAUGCCUGGGAUAAGCAUCUGCUUUGGCCAUCGCCUCCAGUUUCCAAGGAUAAAACUAAAAAAGAAUCGAAACCCAUGCCUUGUGUACUUACCUGUUCGCAAUGGAGAGAGCAGCAAACGAAAGAAAAGGCAGAGAAGGAAAGAAAAGCUUUGGAAGCUCAAGAAAAAGCUUUGCAAAGAAAAAUUAAAAAAGAAGAAAAGGAAAAACAGCAGCAAAUACUCAGAGAGGAAAGAGAACGCAAAAGAGCAGAAAGAAUCAAGAUUAAAGAAGAAAAAAUAAAAAUUAAAGAAGAAAAAAUCAAGAAUAAAGUAGAAAAUAACAAUGUUAAAAAACAAAAAUGUAUUCAAAAUGCUGUACGCGUUGGUCCAUUGCAAGCAAUCGACACCAAUAUUCAAGAAAAUAUUGUUCCUCUAGAUUUGUCAUUAUUUAAAUAAAUGCAAAUUGUUUAAAUUUA